AUGGGUUUGAUCUUCUCGAGCGAGUCCCUGGGUUGCGCGCCCUCCGCCGGGCCGGCGGCGGCGACGGGGCUGGGGGACCUGCCGGAGGGCUGCGCGGCGUCGAUCUUGGCCUACUUGGAGCCGACGGAUAUCUGCCGGCUGGGGGGACUGAAUCGGGCGUUCCGAGGGGCGUCGUGGGCGGAUUUCGUCUGGGAAUCGAAGCUGCCCGAGAACUACGGUGUUCUCGUCGAGAAGGUGCUCGGUGGUGCCUGUGUCGUUGGAAAUGGGUUGAGCAAGAGGGAGAUAUACACGCGGCUUUGUCGAGCUAACGUUUUCGAUGGAGGCACAAAGAAAGUUUGGCUGGAUAAAUGUACCAGCCGUGUUUGUAUAUCUAUUGCUUCAAAAGGCUUAGCUAUUACUGGGAUCGAUGAUAGAAGAUAUUGGAGUCACAUCCCAACAGAGGAAUCUAGAUGGCCUUAAGAACCGGAGCUCAGCUUUCUUAACCUCAUGCUGAAGGACCUAUCAGUUUAGUUUCAUUGGUGGACUAUUUAUCUGAUUCUUCUAUAUUUGUAAAGUUAUCAGCUGUCUUCAAGAAGUUAUAACCAUGAUGCUUUUGGAAGAAGAAUGGACUCAGUUCUGAGCUUUGAUUACGACAUCUAGUUGUUAUACGACUCAGUUCUGAGCUUUGAUUCCUACAUCUAGUUGUUAUAUCUUUUGGGCUAUUUAUACAGGCAAUAUCAGAAAAUUAAGGACUAUUCACUUAGAGCUUUAUCUAUUUUUUUUUUUAAAUAUCAAACUCUUUUGAGGCACCAAUCAGAAUUUGAUGCAAUUAGAUGGUUCCAGUCUUUCUUUGAAAUAUUAAACUUUUAGACCAUGACAUGCUUUGUAGCCUUUGCAGCUGAACUUUCCUGCUGUUAUUGACAGUUGACAUGGCGUCCAUCAAGAAGUCAGGGCAACUGUCUCAAAAACUUUAUUACCUCGUAAAUUUCGUCAUCCUUAUUUUCUCUCGUUGUUGGAAAGCAAAUAAAAAAAAGCAUGGAGACUUGUAUAAAGUGUAGAAUUUGGGUUACACAAUGUCAUUUGUUACUGAAUCUGAAGUGCUACUCUUGUUUCGUUGAGUACCAUAGUCUUAGGCCUAUCAUCUACAUGUGCAGUUGGUGCUUGACAUCUAUUCUGCUAUUUUUCAAUCUAUGGGAAAUGGCCAAGUAUGGUUGGAAGGAGAUAAGGUUUUUUUGGGUUUGUGUCUUCGAAAAACAUCGGUGCUCCUUUGUACUUUUCUUAGCCUUUUUUAUUUCUUUAGCCUUGUUGACUUAUAAAUGCUGAUGUUUGUUCUGGGAAUUGGGUGUGCCAAUUGAAAACCUGAUAGCGGCAUUGUUGGUGAAUUCUGUUAUACCACAUGAGUUAUUACAGUCAAAUAAAGCUACCAAUUGGAUUGCUGUCUUUGAGAGAGCACUUGCGUGUUUGGUUAAGUAUCAUCACCAUACCAAGCCUCAGGAGGUGUGGUCAUGGGUUAGUCCUACUGAAAAAAACUUCCUUUGGGCCACUCUUGGGUUUCCCCUGCCUUGGUAACUACUUAGUUGCAAUGCAAUGGGAGACUACCUCGACAGAUUAGUAGGGUGCUUUAAGAGGCACCGACGCUUAAUGUUAGAAAAA